GACUUCUAGAAUCCUACCAAACUAAUUUUCAUCGGCUCAUCUUCACUUUUCACUCACUACCCCCUAAGCAGGAAAUGUGCCAAGUACGCCAAACCUAAUACAAAAUCACACUUAACCAUCAUGGAAGUUCACGAUGGGUUGAAGUCUCCUGAUAAAGCCGCCAAGUCUCGCUAUGAUGACGAUAGGAUCGACCAGGAUAGCGAAGACGAAGCCGUGAGACUUGUGGCCAACCCAGAUCCCUCGAAACCACGCAAGAUAUCCGAAAGAAAACGAGCAGAUCAAGCAGCUUUCGAAUCAUGGGUCAACGACAACAAGAUUCGGCUCUCACUUCCAUCUGCGACCAAGAGCAGAAGAUCUGGGAUUAGGGAGCUUUUCUCAAGUGAUGAGACUUUGGAAACACGCCCUACUAGAACUAGACCCCGAGAGAGGGUCAUCGAAGGGCCUCGCGAGUACCAGAUCGAGCUUUUUGAGAGGGCCAAGCAGAAAAACACCAUAGCCGUCCUUGACACCGGCACCGGGAAGACACUCAUUGCAAUUCUGCUAAUCCGUCACAUCAUUGAGCUUGAAUUAGGGGCAAGAUGGCAGGGCAGAGAAAAGCGUAUCACGUUCUUUUUAGUCGACAAGGUCGCCUUGGUACGUCAACAAACAGACCACAUUCGAGCCAAUCUGGAUUUUCCUGUUACGGGUCUUCAUGGCGACACGGUGAGGAACCUCUGGUACUCAAAGGAAUACUUUGAAAAGCUACUUCAGGAGCAGGAGGUGGUUGUAUGUACCGCCGAGAUCCUGUACAGGUGUCUACACCGCUCCUACCUGAACAUUAGCCAAGUUAGCUUGGUUGUGUUUGAUGAGGCACACCAUGCCAAAAAGAACCAUGUAUACGCGAGGAUUAUCAAGGACUUCUAUCUCAUGGAGGAAGACUGUCAGAAACGACCUCGAAUCUUUGGCAUGACGGCAUCUCCCAUUGACACCAAGGACACUUGCAUAAGUUAUGAAAGAGCUACACAUGAGCUGGAAAGUCUUCUGCACAGUGAAAUAGCGACAAUAUCGGACCGAGACCUACUGAAAGUCAUUGGAAGCAGACCACAAGAGGUCAGGAAAUCAUAUGCACGCGUGCUUCGACAGGAAAACACGGAGCUGUGCAACCAACUCCGCGAGUUGGUUGGCAAUCAUCCCCUCUUCAAACAAACAUUUGACUCAGCAGAAUUUGCUGUGACCGAGCUCGGGGCCUGGUGUGCAGACAAACUAUGGGAGCUUUGCUUCCGGGAAGAAGCAGUCUCAACCCUGGAUGGCAGAGUCGAAGGCAGCCGAGCUCGGGAUCCCGAUGAAGUAGGCGAAAGCAGUCAUGAAGUCAGCAAUGCUCGUGAAGCUCUCAGUCUUGUCCAACAGUGGUCUUUCAGUCCACCCGAGGAUGGAUCCCUUUCGACCAAAACCCACAAGCUCAUCGAGAUCCUAGCAGAGUGUUUCAGUCAGGCUAGUGCUGGCAAUGCGAUACAAUGCAUCGUCUUUGUGAAGCGUCGCGACACUGCAGUUCUUUUGAAUGCGCUUUGUGAGCAGGCCGAGAUUAGGACCAAGAUCCCUGAUUUGAAAGGGGCAUUUCUGAUAGGAGCAGGAAGGGGUGGGAAUGCGGCCUUCACCACCACACGGCAGCAAGAGCAAACAGUCUCAAGAUUCCGGGACGGUGAGAUCAACUGCCUCUUCGCCACUUCGAUCGCCGAGGAGGGACUGGAUAUCCCGGGGUGCAACGUAGUGAUCCGAUUCGACCUCCACGGAACAACCAUUCAAUAUAUUCAGUCUCGUGGCAGGGCACGAAUGAGGAACUCGUGGUUCAUUCAUAUGACUGAGUUUGGCAAUCCAGAGCACAAUAGAAGAUGGUUCCAAGACAGAGUCAACGAGCAGAAAAUGCGUGACUUUUGCCUCUCCCUGCCAAAGGAUAGGAUUAUGGAGAAGGCGGAAGUCGACGAUGUCCUGCGAGGCGACCAAAGUCAGAAGAUCUUUGUCGUUCCCGGUAGCAAAGCAAGUUUGACCUUCAAACAAAGUCUGGUUGUUUUGGCAGAGUUUGUCGCUACGCUGCCAGCCAGGCCCGACGAGAUACUCAGUGUCGAUUACACUGUUGUCCCGGUCUUUGGUGGGUUCCAGGGCGAGGUGUAUCUGCCCGCAUCGUCGCCCUUGAGAAGUGCAAUGGGUGGCGUAUACCGGUCAAAACAGCUCGCAAAGUGCGCAGCGGCUUAUGCCAUGUGCAUCCAGCUCUACAACAGCAACUAUCUCGACGACCACCUAAAGUCCACGUUGGCCAAGGUCCUUCCGGCUAUGAGGAACGCGCGCCUGGCCGUCAGCUCCAAGAAGAGGAAGUCGUACAAUAUGCGCACUAAGCCAGUCUUGUGGUCUGAGGUUGGACCUCUGACAGAACUCUACGCCAUGGUCCUCAGUCUUGCCCAGCCAGGAGCAGCAUAUUACCACUCGCGACCUAUCCUGUUGCUCACAAGAAAGCCCCUCCCAGAAAUUGCACAAUUUCCACUCUUCUUCGGCAAAGGAAGCAGCCGUAGAUCAAAUGUUCGCUGCAUACCGCUUGCACAUCCUUGGAGCCCGACGACCACGCAGGUUGAAGGAAUUUGCGCUUUUACGCUUUGUAUUUUCCGUGAUAUUUUCAGCAAAGACUUUCAAGCUUCUGGAACCGACAUGCCAUACUUUCUGGCUCCAAGUACAGGAAUCGAGCACGGAACUGACCUUUCAAGCUUGGUCAACCCUGAGAGGAUUAUCGACUGGGCCACUGUGCAUCGCACGACGACUACUGAUCGUGUGCCGUACAACUUCAAUGAACCAGACGAGUUCUUCCAAGACAAGUAUGUCUCUGACCCUUUUGAUGGGUCCCGUAAGUUCUUCAUGCGCAAAGUACGCCGCGACCUCAAGCCGCAGGAUAAAGUCCCGGAAGGAGUCCCGGCUCCCUCAAAAUGGAGGGCUGUGGAGCACACCAUUCUGAACUACAGUGUUAGUUUAUGGAAAAAGUCCCGAGCAGGACACAAUAGUCGUCAAGAUCAACCAGUUGUAGAGGCAGAGCUUGCGCCUCUACGGCGGAACCUAUUGGACGAGACGGAUGGUGAGAAUUCGACAGGCCCGCAAACCUGCUACCUUGUCCUGGAAACACUCUUAAUAUCUCAGAUACCCGUGGAUACUGUGGUAAUGGCCUAUACUUUCCCGGCCAUCAUAUACCGUCUGGAGAACAGCCUAAUUUCCCUGGAAGCAUGCCAAAAUCUGGGUCUUGAUAUUCCAAUCGACAUUGCCCUUAUAGCCAUGACCAAGGACAGUGACAACUCCGACGACCAUGAUGAAGCGCCCAUCAACUUCCAGAGCGGAAUGGGCCAGAACUACGAGCGACUAGAGUUUCUGGGUGAUUGUUUUCUCAAAAUGGCCACUUCGAUUGCGUUGUAUACGCUAGUUGAGGGUGACGAGUUUGAAUACCACGUUGAGCGGAUGUUGGACAUUUGCAACAAGAAUCUACUGAACUGGGCCCUGGAAUCCAACCUCCAAGAGCAUAUUCGAUCCAAGUCCUUCAACCGGCGCACAUGGUAUCCCCCGGGACUGAAACUGCUCAAGGGCAAAAAGACGGAGGUGGACGAUGAGCAUGCACUGGGGGACAAGUCCAUUGCCGAUGUUUGCGAGGCCCUCAUCGGUGCUGCAUAUUUGACAGCUCAAGCUCAGAGCUCUCCAAACUUUGAUCUGGCUGUUAAAGCUGUCACUGUCAUGACACACAGCAAAACCCACACCAUGCAAGCGUGGAGUGACUACUAUGCAUCUUACCAGUGCCCGGAGUGGUUGUCUACCCCACCGUCCCAGACACAGCUUGAACUCUGUAGUCAAAUAAAGAACAAGAUGGGCUACAGGUUCAAGAACCCCCGCCUUCUGCGCUGCGCCUUUAUGCAUCCAUCGUACCCGAGGCAGUAUGAAAACAUACCAAGCUAUCAGAGACUCGAGUUCCUGGGUGAUUCGCUGCUCGACAUGGUCUGCGUUGACUAUCUCUUCAAGAAACACCCGGACAAGGAUCCUCAAUGGCUGACAGAGCACAAGAUGGCAAUGGUCUCGAAUCAGUUCUUCGGCUGCGUGGCUGUCGGGCUUGGGUUCCAUCGCCAUUUGAUACACAUGCAGCCAGCACUUGGUGGGAGCAUAACUGAGUGGGCCGAACUGGUCACCAAGAAACGCGAAGAGGCCAGACAGCUGGCGGUUAGACGUGGCCAGAGAGAGGAGGACUAUGCACGGGACUUUUGGAUAGAGGUCCAUCACCCACCCAAGUGUCUGCCCGACAUCCUAGAGGCUUACGUGGGUGCCCUGUUCGUUGACACUGGAUAUGACUACAGUGCAGUUGUUGGGUUUUUUGACCGGCAUAUCAAGCCGUAUUUUGCAGACAUGUCCAUAUACGACAUGUACUCAUCCAAACACCCAGUCACGCAUAUUACCAGCAUCAUCACAACCCAGUUCGGCUGUUCCUCCUUUCGGUUGAUGGUACAUGAGAUUCCGGACGAUGUACAGGGUGAGGGACUUGUCACCGGAGCCGUCAAGGUUGUUGCUGCCUGCAUGAUACAUGGCGAGGUGCGGUGCCAUGCCGUUGCAGCCAGUGGGCGCUACGCAAAACUCGCGGUUGCCAAACAGGCUGUUGCAAUAUAUGAGGACAUGAGUCCGACCGAAUUUCGGCUGCGUCACGGGUGUAAUUGCAAGCCGGAAGAUGGAGAUGGAGACCAUGGGGUUCUGGUGGAUCACAGAGCCGAUUGCGAGCCUGAAGAGCCUUUGCGGAAGCAGGAUCCCCCUGCAAAAUCUGUAGUUGAUGUUGACGGAAAAACUAUCGCAGAGAUGCGUCUCAGACAUUCCAAGCAGAUGAAUGAUCAGGAGGAAUGCUUAUCUUGGUAG